CUUGUUUGCAAUGUCUGGGAUGGUGGCUCGUAUAUUCUAGGUAACAUUGGCAGUAUGGAUGGCAGAGCAGCCAGUGGGGCAGAUGACGACAAUUGGAGUUGGGAUACAGACUUUGAAGACGAUUCUGGAUAUGAGGUGCCGCUGCAGGCUGGAGACUAUGAGCCCAUUGGCUGGCCUCCUCAACACAGUGCAAAUUUUGAGAGGUCUGGUGCUACCCUGAGCCGUCCACUGCCUCCGGUGCCGCCCGUACAGCAGCAGGAGGAUCCUGGUGGGGACCCACCGUGGCUGGUGCACGUGGAGCGUGCCGAUGCCGAGCGCCUCCUGUCAGGUGCCCGUGAUGGCAGCUUUGUGGUGCGACCAAGCCGUGGGGAGGCACCGUUUGCCCUCAGCCUGCGCUUUGGUGGCCGGCCGUUUCAUCUGCGGGUGCGGCGGCGUGCUGAUGGGCGCCUGGCACUGGGCAGUGAGAAGCCGCGCGAGCGCAGCUUUGACUCGCUCGCGCAGCUUGUGGAGCACCACUGUCGUGAACCCAUCCUGCUGACAUCACGAGGCCGCCCUGCAGGCCGCACCACGCUUGCCCCACCUUCGCUCACCUGUCGGCCUUGAUAGCCAUGCGAUUCAGUGUCUGACCUGUUGGAGCCAGAGCUAGUGUAUGUCCAUCACUCGUCGUCUCACUUGUUCACUGCCUUUACAUCUGCAUGCAAUUUACAUACUACACCAUAAGUGCAGUGAACGCCUCGGGCCAGGCGCUUGCAGUAAGCAGUUUGAUGAGGGAGCUGCUCGGUGCUGGCCACGAUGGCACUCAAAAGUCUGAGACGCUAGUUUGUCCAGUGCAGAAUAACCACUACUGCAUUUCACAUAAGAGUCAAUUCACUAACAUUCCUUGGACGGAAGAUCCCAGCUUCAGAAGUGGGCUGGAUUUUUGUCACAAUUUAACGCCCACCAGCCAGCAUGGUUGUCCUGUGCCAAGAUUUGCUGCUCGGACAUGCAAGCACUACUGCCAACAGUCUGCUGUGCCAAGUACUUCAUUUGUCUUUGCUGUGGCUGGUAUCAUCGGUGCCCUACCUUCGGCUUUAGCAUUUUUGUGUGGCUGUAAAAAGGGGUGCUCUUUAUUUUUGUUUACUAGUUUCGUUUGUUUGUUUGUUUUUCACUGUUUCCAAGUGGUAAUAACACAUUUUUUAAUUGCGCUAAUGACCUCUGUGAUUAAGGCAAGUGUAGUAUAACGAAAAUCUUCCUUCAUGGCCCAUUGCAUUCUGGAUCUCGCAACAUACUCAGUAGAUUGCCUCUCAGUACACGAAUACAUAGUGAUUGAUGACUUGAUCCUAAGAAAAUCUUGUGCAUGCUUAGAAAAGGCACCCUGUGGUGCUGUAAACAAGUUCCCCAACAGAAUGUGUUGAAGAAGGUACUGCAGCGUUAAAAUUGCUGAAGUGCUCAUGUAUGAUGCCUACUCGUGAAGAAUAAUAAAAGUGUGUUGCCCUUCUUGCAUAAA